AAUGUUACCCUUAUUCAAAGUUUUCUCAUUGGUUGUGAGGGUGUUUGCAAGACCAGUUAUAGCUAGAACAAAGGCUGCUCAUUUAAAGAAAGCUUAAUCAGGACAUACAAACUGGAUCAAGAAAUUUUAUGUUCGUUUAGGAAACUUUUAACAUAAAUGGGACGUAAUGAAAUAUUGAAAUAUAGUAAAAAAUAGAUAGCAAAUUUAUGGGUAUUGAUAAAAAAAGUAGUGAUUUUUUCUUUAAGCCUUUGAAUGACGAAGUGGCGUUAGAAAAAGUAAUCUAAAUUAAUAAGUUUGUAAGGGAGUAGAAUUCUUUUACGAAAUCCUUAUCUAUGCAUUAUUGAUAACACUUCCAACAUAUGAAAUGUAUUCUGCAUAAUAAGACUCUAAAAAAAAGAGUGAAUAAAAUAAUGAAAAAUUAAAUGUAAAUCAUUAUCUAAAGUAGAAUUUGAUGAAAUAAAUUGAGGAGAAUAAAUAACAUUCCUAGAUCAACAUCUAAAAAUUAGAGGAAUAAGAUUAAAUUAGAUAAGAUUUAGUGAAAUAAUUAAAUAUCAUUUCUGUUUAGUCUUUUGCAUAAUUAGAUGAUUUAUCAAAGGUUUUAAUUCAAAUUAUUACAAUAGAAUUGGAAUCUAAGAUCAUAAUAAUUGAUUGAAGAAAAUCAAAAAUUAAAAUAAGAAUUAGAAUAAAUAAAAUUAAAGUAUUCUAAAGAUGAAGACUAAUGA